CGCAGGGUCCCGGCCGGCGGUAAGAUGGCGGCGGCGGCGGCCGAGUGCGAUGUGAUCAUGGCGGCGCCCGAGGGGCCCGGGCUGCUGGGCGGCGAGGAGCAGACGCGCAGAGAAGCAGAGUCUUUCAAGGAACAAGGAAAUGCUUAUUAUGCCAAGAAAGAUUACAAUGAAGCAUACAACUACUACACAAAAGCCAUAGACGCAUGUCCUAACAAUGUCAGUUAUUACGGGAACAGAGCAGCCACCCUGAUGAUGAUGGGGAAGUUCCGGGAAGCCCUGGGAGAUGCCCAGCAGUCAGUCCGAUUGGAUGAUACCUUUGUACGGGGACAUGUACGGGAAGGGAAGUGUCACCUCUCUCUCGGGAAUGCCAUGGCUGCCAGCCGCUGCUUCCAGCGAGUUCUAGAACUGGAUCACACGAACCCUCAGGCACAACAAGAGCUGAAGAAUGCGAGCACUGUGCUGGAAUACGAGAGAAUAGCUGAAAUUGAUUUUGAGAAACGAGAUUUCAGGAAGGUCGUGUUCUGCAUGGACCGUGCUUUGGAGUUUGCUCCUGCCUGUCAUCGGUUCAAAAUCCUCAAGGCCGAAUGUUUGGCACUGCUGGGUCGCUAUCCAGAAGCACAGUCUGUAGCUAGUGACAUCUUACGGAUGGACUCCACAAACGCAGAUGCUCUUUAUGUCCGAGGUCUUUGCCUUUACUACGAAGACUGUAUCGAGAAGGCCGUGCAGUUCUUCAUCCAGGCACUUAGGAUGGCCCCUGAUCACGAGAAAGCAUGUCUCGCCUGCCGAAAUGCCAAAGCCCUUAAAGCAAAGAAAGAAGAUGGAAAUAAAGCAUUUAAAGAAGGCAAUUACAAACUAGCAUAUGAACUGUACACAGAGGCACUGGGGAUAGACCCAAAUAACAUAAAAACAAAUGCCAAACUCUACUGUAACCGGGGGACGGUUAAUUCAAAGCUUAGGAAACUAGAAGAUGCAAUAGACGACUGCACAAAUGCAAUAAAACUGGAUGACACGUACAUCAAAGCGUACCUGAGGAGAGCACAGUGUUACAUGGACACAGAACAAUACGAAGAUGCUGUGAGGGAUUAUGAAAAAGUUUACCAGACAGAGAAAACGAAAGAACACAAGCAAUUCCUAAAGAAUGCACAGGUGGAACUGAAAAAGAGCAAAAGGAAAGACUACUAUAAAAUCCUCGGGGUGGACAAAAAUGCCUCCGAAGACGAGAUCAAGAAGGCCUACAGGAAACGGGCACUCAUGCACCACCCAGACCGGCACAGUGGGGCGAGCGCAGAAAUACAGAAAGAAGAGGAGAAGAAGUUUAAAGAAGUCGGAGAAGCCUUCACCAUCCUGUCGGAUCCCAAGAAGAAGGCUCGCUACGACAGUGGGCAGGAUCUGGAGGAGGAUGGCAUGAACAUGGCAGAUUUUGAUGCUAACAAUAUCUUCAAGGCUUUCUUUGGUGGGCCAGGUGGCUUCAGUUUUGAAGCUUCUGGGCCAGGAAAUUUCUUUUUCCAGUUUGGCUAAACUAAAAACAUACAAACCACAUACACCCACCUGAAAUGCUCGUUUUAACCUUGAAUACGGACAUAAUUAGACUCCUGCCUUCAUCAUGUCUCAUUGUACUUAGAGCAGUUUCAUUUUCUCAGUUGGAGACCUCUCUGUUGUGUGCUUUGUGUGAGAAGAGGAAACCAAUGCUGAAGAGAGGGGGGCGGGGAAGGCUUGUGAAUUUUGUUUUACUGUUAACUUUAUUAAAAAAAAAAAUAAAAUGUUUUGAAUCAUUUGGUCCCUCCAUGCUGGCCCAUGUUUUCAGACUGUUCGGACUUCCUCCAGGGUCCUGUUGCUGGCAACCCAGCUUGUUCAUGGCUCCUUUUGGUUGGUUCCAGAGUGCAGGAUGGCACAACAUCAGGGUUUCUGGAACCCCAUUUUCACUUGUAAGUAACUGAAUCGUAACAGGGUUUUUAUAACAUCCAAGCAGCUACGUCCUGUUUGCCAGCUGCAGUUUUGUUUGCUGUGGCUAUGCGAGAAUGUACACCCGGGCAUUAAUGUAAAUGAUAAACAGGGAUCUUAAUGUUUUUGUACUGGAGAGAAAUCAUUCUUCAGAUUUACGGGAGCCGCCGAUACGAGAGAGCUCCCUAUGGGGCAGCUAGAAAUGAGUGCUCUAAAUGCGCCCACUCCAAGACACCCCGUCUUUGUUUAAGGGGAUAUUUAAUUUGGUCUGGGGUGAAUUUCUUUUCAGUUCCUCUUUAUAAUUCAUUCACUUGAUCAUUUAAUUGCAGCAUAUGUGAUUAAAAAAUGGCUUUGCUAGGUUUGAUUGGUUUGUUUCUACGGUCUAAAAAUAGUCUUUAUGACGUUUUUCCAUAUUGCAUAUCCGUAAUGCAGGUUGCCCAUUUCCAACUUGUAAAAACGCACAGCAUGUUUGAAGAAUGGUUACUAUGGGCUCAUUGAACUAUUGGUAACGUUUACAGAAAUUGGUGUCUGUUUUUAAUGUAACACAACUGCGUGAGUUUUAAAUGGCAUUCCAAGUAUUUUACAGGAACAAAGAAAUUCCAAGUUGUAGCAGGAACUCUGGGCUGAUGGUGCAUAACUUGCCUCACUGCCUCUUUGUGCCAGCCUGUGUGAUCGGUCGAUGAGCUGAAGCCAGAGCUGCAUGCAGACACGUACUCCCGAACACAGAACUGACGUGCUUUUAGAGCGUUGCCUGGCUUCUCACACCAACACUGCCCUUUGGUGUUUACUGUGGAUUGGGGUCAUGCCCUGCCUGAUAUUGGCUGUGAGGGGAGCCUGGCUCUGUGGAAUGAUUCCUGUUUCCAUAUAGUAAAGAACUCAUGUAACUAGAAUCAUCUCCACUGAAUGAAUGCUCCACCUGUGAAGUAGUUUUGGAGAUCUUCAGAGUAGCCUUAUGUCUGAUGGGAUUUUCAAUGGCCUUUACCAUAGAUGUGGAGUUUGCGUUUGUAGAAAUAAUUGCUAGAUAAAUGCUAACCAGCACUGGCCCGAACAGGCAGAACCAUUUCUGAGGAAGAUUUUCUUGUGAUUUGUGUUAAACUGCAAUUGCUGUUUUGUAGAGACAGUUGUUGAAAAGCUGCAUCUCGUUUGGCUGAGAGUACAGACGGGUUGUGCAUAAAUGUAAAUGUAAGGACGUAGGUGGUACUCGGAGAAAUCUUUCUAUCUAGCAGAUCUGACUGGCUGACCGACUUUGUGUGUGGUAUUACAGAAAACAGUUGACUUCCAAUUCACAUUCCCUUAAUAUCUUCCCUCCAGUCAAGGGCUGGACGCCUCCUUCAAUUCAGUUGGCUGCAGGAUUGCCAGAUUGCAAUGCCAGGCAUGUGUGUCUCCCAGAUGGCAUAGAAAUGCAGGGUACUGCCACCAAAAAAGUAAGUCCUGCUGCUGCUUCUAUCAGAAAUAUGACAAUCUGCUCUCAUGGAGGGCAGAUCUAAGGGCUUAAUUCCAGUUACUGCAGCCCAAUAUUAGCAAAGGAAGUUCAUGAGCCAGCACUGAGAAAUGGUUUAGAAGACUGAGACCCCCCACAGCAUUUAUUCUUCUCCCUCACACCAGUGUAACUUGAUGGACUCAACCUUGUGACUCUGGUGUAAGUGAGAGCGGAAUAAGGUGCCAGAAUCUUACCAACUCCCGUAGGUUAAAUGUCUUGGGGCAUAAAAGUUGAUCUGCAUUUUGAAACUUUCUGUGGUUCUUUUGCAAAUCAAAGUUUACGUGACAUCACUUUGGUGGGAUGUUCUGGAUUCACAGCUGCACCGUUUGGAAUCAUCUCAGAUUCUAUUAGCAGAGUACAGAGACAUUUCUUGCAUUUCGUCGAUGUUCUUUUUUAGUUAAGUGUUGGCUGACUUCCCUGCUCCCCACUUCUAAAAAAGACAGUUCUUUCGGGCGUGAAGAGGGGACAUAUACACAGCAGGUAUUUAUAUGAACUGUACACGAUUGCAUGAUUUAUUGUAGUUAAAUAUUAAUAUGGUGAGUGCCAAGACUUUUUAAAAAGUGCUACUGUGAGACUAAACGUGAAUACGAACUUCCAUUCACUUUGCAGAGUGCAUUCUAACACUAGUGGAAAUUCAGUACUUAUACUGUUAUCUCAGGACAGUAGCAAAUGAUUAUUGUGGCACAUGUAUAUUAAAAUUGCAGCCUCCCUCUUGUGUUAGCACAGUAGCUUGGACAGGGGGAACUGUUUCUUUCGGACCGUAUCAGCCUAGAUGUGUGUGUGGUUUAAAACAUUGCAGUCACACUUUACAGUUACUGAGCAGGAUCGAUUUUAUCGAUUGUAUUUCAUAAGUAGCCAACGGGGAGCCUUGAUGCCAUUUGCCUGACUGCUACAUCUAGUCUCUUGUGUCUUCCCUCUGGCUUGUUAGGAGCUACAGGAUGGAGGAAUUUGCCACUGUAAGUAGCAGGUCUCUUAACCUGGCUAUGUUCAAGCUUUCUACAGGUGGUAGAAGACAAAGUUGAUGUAGGUGGUAAUUCCCAUAACAGGCUGAGUGGGGAAAAUGGAUUAAUUAGACUCUUCCUUUUCUGACUCACCUGUGGAUUACAGGCUUUAUUUUCCAUGUGAAGCAGACUGACACUCAAAGGUCUUCUUAAUGAAACGUGUGUGUUAUUUUUUUGAAGUCCGUCUUUACAAUGGUAAAUUACUAACCAUGUAUUUGUGGCACAACAGGAAGAGCCUUAAUCUGUUUUUAUUCUGAAAAGGGACUACAGAUGCCUCUGUGCCGUUCCCUGUGGAGAGAACCUCCAUCGGUUCUGGAGAAGCGUGGCUUAGCUUUACAAGUAACCAGCAGCUUUUUCCUUAGCCAUGAAUCUGGAAGUUGAGUGGCUUUUAAAUCACCACUCCACAUUCUGCUAUUAGAACCUAAUUUAAGAAUCCUCUGGAGUGGGCAUGAGCCAAAACAGCCCCUUUCUUUCCCGCAGCUGCAGGCAGUGACUCUGGUAGGAAGAGUUAUUCCUCUAGUCAGGAGACAAGACAAAAUACACGAGAACUGAGUGAAGUAGGUGGCAUGGUCACUUGUGAGAACACCUGAGAUCAAGGACCUUGAGAGACAAACUACAGAGACGUCUCUGCUUUCUAAAAGCCCAGCCACAAACAUACCUACUGGGAUGGAGUCAAACUAAUCUCAGUUAUUCUAAAAAACAUUUGUUGAAAUAAGAGAACUGAUCAGCAUUUUGCUUUCCCCUGUAAUGCUCUUGUGAUGUCUCUUCUUGUGACCAAAAUAUGAAGCGUUUGAGCUGCAGUUGGGGUAGUCUCAGGUGACCAGGCCCGAGUCCAUUCAAAAUGAAAGCAGGAGAUGCUGCAUUUUGUUAAAAGUCCGUCAGUGUGGUGGUUCGAGAUGCUUAUGUGUGGAAUGUCAAAGGGCUAAAGGCAGGCUACAUUCCUUCUUCCCCUUUCUCAGCACUGGCUUUACUUCUAUUGGCAGUAACUCCUGCAAGAUCUGAUAUGAGUGUUGGGUUCAAAUCCUGGUCAGGCGCAGACAUAACCCGAACUCCAAAAAUGAGUUUAAGAACAUUAAGCUGCUUCUAGCCCCCUUUCUGUGGGCUCUUUCUCGGCUGACUGUGCUGUGUAAGGGGGAGGGCUCUUUAUCAGCACACUUGGAGUUUUGCUCCAAGGACGGACUUUUUUUUGGAGCUACAGGCUCUGUUUAAUGCAACUAUUUACAAGAGCAAUUUGCAGAGAUUUUGGGGGCAACAUAAUUAAGUAGUUCAUGAACCAGUGUAAGUCCCCAGAGCACUUUGGCAUCAGCUAGAAUGAGGAUUGAGAGCCACUUGGCUGUAGUUUCUUUCCAGCAAUCAGUGUUUACCAAGCUGGUCUUCAGAUAAAUGAAUGACUGAAGUAUUCAGACCACCCAGUGGCUGGCUCUCUUGGCAGAUUACCUCCUCACUUCUUUAACACUAAUGGUUCGGCAAUAGAUCUGCUUUGAGUAGACUUGUGUUCUUCCAGCUCAGAAAAACAAGUUUGUGUGUCACGCCACCUUUAGAUUCCCUGGUCUAGUGCUAAAGUCCAGCUCCCUCAGUACUGAAACUGGUUCUGAAAAGCAACAAACCCAAUGCUAGUAAGAACUAUGACCCUGCUCUAAAUCUCAGAUCAUUUACAUGCAACAGCAGCUCUGUUGGGAGCAGUUUUUCCCGUUAGAACCUACUCCCCAGAACAGAGGAACAUACACAUGGGUUGAGAUAGUAAGUAGGGAACCUUUUGGCUCCAGCCUGCCCUAGUUUUCCCCAGCUGUGCACACAGUGGGAUACGAUCUUCCUGGUAAGCUGGGCACUGGCACACAGAACUGACUGCAUCCGAAUGCAGACUAGUAGUGGGAGUGCUAAGCUGGCUUGUCUGUUCUACAAGUGGUAGAAUGUUGUUGGGCUCAAGCUUUGGUUGAUGGCACAAAAAUACUGUAGUUUGUCAGCUUCCAUCUUUCACCUUCUGUGGCUGGGCAGGCACUGUGACUGACAGGCACUCUUAAACUGAUACCCCGUCUUACUCUCUGCUUUCACUUAAUGGCUCGUGCUAUGCGAGAAAGGUGAAAAUGGUAAGAGUGUGAAGCAAUGAUUUUGCAGUGCAAAAUGGCAACCUGAACACCUUUUGUUGCAUGCAUAAUAUCUGCUUUAUUGUAGAGACUUUAAAGAGUACUAGAGGCAAAAGCCGAUACAGAUGUGAAGCCUCUCAGAGAGGACAUCUGCCCCCGUGCUGUAGUAUUUAAUUGAAUUUAAGGAAUAGAGUCUGUAUGUUUACCUCAGCGUAAAGAUUUAGCCUCUCCCUGGAGAGGAAGGUUAUUGCAUGAAGCAAUCUGUAUUCUAGAUUGCUCUCCUAACUGCCCAGCCCUCUUAAGACAGGCUUCACAUUGGUAUAAACACUGUCCCUCUUCGGGCCCUUUACCUUUCUAGGCUGUGAAGGGUAAAAAAUGUGAAUAUUUGUUUACUUCAUUAGGCAUAAUUCAUAUGAUGUGUUUAUAUGCAGAAUCGCAACCAGCCUGAAGCAAAACCAUGUGCAAUUGGUUUGUUAUAAACUGUAUAUGAUGUACAAACUAAUAAACAGUUCAAUGAGGA